GCAAGUCGCUUCCCUGAGUACAAGAGCACUUCUGCUUUAUUUGAGGAGGAAGGUCACAUGAAGGUUAAGAGCUCUCAACCUCGACAACAUUCUUAAGUGAAGCAGAAAUGUCAUCUCCUUGGCCCACUGUUGGGGGGAAUGAAACCUGGGUGCCAACAGGUGGAUAUGGCUUUGUUCGAUGUGGUGGUGUCGGGGAACAUUUUCCUCUAGGAGGAGAUGUGGUUCCAAUGCCCAUCAAUGCGUUUGUUGGAACUCGUGGGACCAUAAAAGAUUGCCCUUGCUUCAAUAUUGGCAGGGAUGUUAAUAGUCUACGUAAUGCGAUAGUAGGAUUGGGAACUAACGAGAAAGUAAUCAUUGAAAUCCUGACACACAGAAGCAACUGGCAACGCCAAAUGAUCUGCAAAGAUUAUAAGGGAACCUGUGGUCGUGAAUUGAUUGAUGAUUUAAAAGGUGACAUCUCGGGUGACUUUCAAACUGUGAUCAUUGCUCUGAUGACGCCACCAGCAGUAUUUGAUGCAAAGGAGUUAAAAAGAUCAAUGGAGGGUCCUGGCACAAAUGAAAAUGUUUUGAUUGAAAUCCUCGCUUCAAGAACCAACCAGCAAUUAAGAGAAAUAAGGGACGCCUACCAAGGAGAAUAUAAAAGUGACUUGGCAAAGGACAUUGCUGAAGAAACAUCAGGAGAUCUUAAAAGAGCUUUACUCAUCUUGCUGGAGGCUCGCAGGGAUGAAAACUGCCAGGGUGUGGAUGAAAGACUUUUUAAAAAUGAUGCAGAGGCACUUUUCAAAGCUGGUGAGAAGAGAUUGGGAACAGAUGAAAUUAAGUUUAUGGAGGUCUUGUGCUUAAGGAGUCCUUCGCAGCUACAAAUGACUUUUGAUGAAUAUAAAGUCAUAACAAACAAGACCAUAGAAGAAAGCAUUACAAGUGAAAUGUCUGGAGAUCUGAAGAGACUGAUGUUGUCAUUGGUUCAGUGCUCAAAGUCUCCACCUGCCUACUUUGCUCAUAGAAUCCACAAAAGUGUAAAGGGUCUUGGCACUGAUGAGCAUACACUCUCCAGAAUCUUGGUCAGUAGAUCGGAAAUGGAUCUGCUGGACAUUCAAGAUGAAUAUAUGAAAGCUUAUGGCAAAUCCUUGUAUUCCAUGAUCGAGGAUGAAACUUCAGGGGAUUACAGGACUACUUUGCUGAGUAUCUGUGAAAAAGGAAAUUAACCAGUCUUGGCACAACUGAACAAGUCGAUGGUGUUCUUGGACUGUAAAGCCAAAACUACAUCUGCAUUAUUUGUGAAUUGUUUCACUUGAGGGAAAUGGAAGUGUGAUUGUCUGGUAAUAAGUGACCGUUUUGCAACUUAAUUAGUCAGUUUUAAAUGUGUAACAACUAACGGAUUGGACCCAGCCUCCCCUGGGGGAUGUUAAACUCUGAAAGGAAGAGGAUGUUAUUUCUAGAUCCUAUUGUAUAAACAUUCAACAAGUUAAAUGUCCUGGAUUCAGUCUAUUUCUGACUGCUUGCAGUUUAGAGAUCCAAGCUUUAUAAUUAGAUAUAAACCAUAGGCAGCAUCAUAUUUACCAGUUUCUCUCUUUAGAUUAACAGUUGUUUAUUCAAUUAGAUGUUUAGUCACUAAAUUGUUUAAUUUAAAUUACCUCUAAUCUUACAUUUUUUGUGAUUUCUUUGUAAUCAUUGUGGAUAAUGUAAAGUCCCGUUUAAAUUUACGUUUAAUACAUAUACCAGUCGAGGUUAGCUAUUGUCAUUGAAGAACCCAUAUCUCUGUACAAUAUCAUUAGCUGUAUGUCUCCUGGUAAUCAAUCUGAGAUAAUAGGUCUCUAAAAUUAUGACAACUGACAUCAAAAAGUCAGUAAACCUCGAACAAAUGGACCUCUUUGUAAAAACUCCAUAAAUCAUUUCUAUUAAUUCUCAAAAUUAAAUGGAUGUGUACAUUAGUUUUGAAUAGAUUUACUGCUCUAAAUAAACACAAACAAUAUUUAACUUUCUACCUUAUAUACGUAAACAUUCAUCUCAAACAGCAUUACCGUCUGUUUUUACUUACUGUAAUCAGUACACAUUCCCACAAUUGUUGCUUCGAUGUACUGUCUAUACUUCAUGUAUAGCUUCUGAAGUGCUCACUUUUGCUGACUAUAUUACAUUAAAAGUAAGCUAAAUUUUGUCAUUUUUCUGCCAUUUAUUUUGGUAAGCUUAAUUGAUCUGUACCACAUCCUUUAAAGGUUUUUGCCGUUGGUUUAUUUUAAAGUACAACAAAAACUGAGAAGUGUGUCUCACUUCAUGCAGGAAAAUAUAUCUUCCUUUAGUGACUCCAGGCCAUCCAAAAUCAUGGGAAAGGAAUGAAUGAUUUUUGUUAGUAUGGCAGUACACUGUGCCAAUAAAGUUCGCUUGACAUCUUAAAAAUGAUGAGGAAUGCAGAUGAAACUAAAAGUAGUUAUGUGUAUAGUUAUUGACUAGUGGUAUUGACCACCUUGGUUACAAAGAUUGACUGAAUUUUCUUUCCUUUAUUUUGAAAGUAAAAUAUAAACUCUUAAUAAUUAGACCAUAGCAUCAACUACAACCUAUAACCAGUUUGCUUAUUCAGACUAAUUUCAUUGUUAAUUACUUACUACUUUGCUGUUAUUUUUAAAGGAUGUGCUUACUUCAGUGCUUUCCAACUAUAUUUUUUUUUUACAAGGCUUUGUAAUAACUUUGAUUUAUCUUAAUAAAGAAACAUAACAAAUG